AAUUUUUAAUAAUGUGUAUGCUGAGAAGCUUGGCUAGCGACACCACUGUCCGGCCACAUCAAAGGCGAAGGAGAACUCAGUAACUCAGACGCUGCCAUUGGUUCGCCGCUAGCACCGUUAGCGUUCUUGUCCCCCGCGCCCUGCAACGGCACUAAGUGUGCACUUAAUGGGGCAGAGAGGUGAGUCAGGGCCGUAAGUUGAUGUGUGCGGUACCAGCAUGGAUGGGCAGACCCAAAGGAUCCAACUUGUGUCAACAGCAGACAAAAACAUGUCCUUGGGACAUCGAAUCCAGAUCGUGACCGAUCCACAGACAGGCCAGAAGAUCCAGAUUGUCACAGCACUUGAGCCAGCUUCUCCCGUAAAGCAGCAGUUCAUCCUGGCCCGGCAGGAUGGCUCCCCCAACAAGGUCAUCCUCACCACUCCGGACAGCUCCGGGGUCAACCAGCUGUUGUUUGCCUCCCCCGAGCUGUCUGGACAGCAGAUUCAGUUUGUAACCGAGGGCUCAGACCAGUCUAUUUCCAAGCCAGUUGUGGAAUAUUGUGUUGUCUGUGGGGACAAGGCCUCAGGGCGCCAUUAUGGAGCUGUCAGCUGUGAGGGUUGCAAGGGCUUCUUCAAACGCAGCAUCAGGAAGAACCUGGUGUAUACAUGCAGGGGCUCCGGAGAGUGUGCCAUCAAUAAGGUUCACCGAAACCGCUGCCAGUACUGUCGGCUGCAACGCUGCAUCGCACUGGGCAUGAAACAGGAUUCUGUGCAGUGUGAAAGGAAGCCUAUGGAUGUGCCCACCAGAGAGAAAUCUGUCAACUGUGCAGCCUCCACAGAGAAGAUCUACAUCCGCAAGAAUUUGUGCAGCCCUUUGGCAGCCACGCCGACGUUUGUGACUGAAAAAGAUACCUCCAGGUCUACCAAUUUGCUGGAGUCCAGCAUGUUGCUCAACAUCCAACAGCCGUUCCCUAAGUUGGAAAAUACCAUCUUGAUUCCAGCCUCCCCAGACAAUCAUGACGACCCUUCCCAAGGUGACCUUGGCACGCUGGCUAACGUGGUGACGUCCCUUGCCCACCUCAACAAGACAAGAGAAGCCAGCGACGGCAGCAACGACCUCAUUGGCGUGGAGACACUCAGCAAUGGUGACAGCUCCAUGACGGACAUGCAGGAAGAUGACCAGACAGCCAGCGAUAUCACGCGAGCUUUUGACACCCUGGCAAAAGUCCUACAUGCUGGAGAUGGCUCCUCAGGAACCAACCUGGAGGCCACCAUGCAGCUAAUGUCAGGAGAUCAGUCUGGCCCUGUGUUGGAGCUGGAAGGCUCGCUGCUGUCCGACAGUCAUAUUCCCUUCAAGCUUAUGAUGCCCGUGCCUGUGCCAGAGUACCUCAACGUCAACUACAUCUGUGAGUCAGCUUCACGCCUUCUUUUUCUCUCUAUGCACUGGGCACGCUCAAUACCUGCAUUCCAAGCCUUGGGCAGUCAAGAUGACAAUGACAUCAACCUGAUGAAAGCCUGCUGGAACGAGUUGUUUGCUUUGGGUCUUGCCCAGUGUUCCAACGUUAUGAACGUCGGUACCAUUCUAAGUGCCAUCAUCAGUCAUCUGCAGAACAGCCUGCAGGAAGACAAGUUAUCCCAGGAGCGGGUAAAGAUAGUAAUGGAGCACAUCUGGAGGUUGCAAGAGUUCUGUAACAGCAUGUCCAAGCUAUCUCCAGAUGCUUACGAAUAUGCCUUCCUCAAAGCCAUUGUUCUCUUCAGCCCUGAUCACCCUGGCAUAGACAAUACUCCACAGAUAGAGAGGUUCCAGGAGAAGGCCUACAUGGAGCUGCAGGACUAUGUAACAAGGACAUACCCAGAGGACACUUAUAGGUUGUCCAAGUUGUUGCUGCGUCUACCCGCCCUGCGGCUGAUCAGUGCAGCUGUCACAGAGGAGCUCUUCUUCGCUGGCCUCAUCGGCAAUGUGCAGAUCGACAGCAUCAUCCCUUACAUCCUCAAGAUGGACUCCAGCGACUACAACAGCCAGUCUGUCCCUGGGGUGUGACACUUCUGUAGUGCUCGGAAUAUUGGGACUAUUAAAGACUGUCAACAGUGAAUCUCCGACCACCGCGUGGUUACUGCAGCUUCUUAUUUAUGUGGAUCCUCUUCAUCAGGUCAGUAGAGCAUGACCCUUUAGCCUGCCAACGUGUGCACAAUCAGGACUGAACCAUUGCAAGAGUAGAGUGCAUUUUAGUGUACAUAAAGUAGUAUUUUAUGGCCUUUGCUCUUCACGGUUUUUUCUUUCACCAUUUCCUUAUAUGGUCAUGCUGUUUUGUUUUUUUUUUUAAACGUGAAAUAAUUGUGUGAAAUGCUGUUCUAAAAGGUUAUAACCUUUAUUCUGUAUUUGUUUGCCAAUCCAAAGGAUAGGACCAACAAUGCUUUUUUUCCACUGUGGAUGAUAAGUAAAGUGUGUAAAUAGAAUGUAACAAGGAAGAGGGUUUAGUGGGGAGCACUCUGUGAUGAUCACAUCCUGUCUUUUGGACAAAAAAAUAUAUCUAUAACGGUCUUGUCAUUUGAAAAUAAAAAUAAAUUCUAUGUUGUAUUUUUACAUUUUAUGUUCAGGUGAGAAUGAUCUCAUUGAUGUUGCAUCAUCGCCACAUAUUACAUUAAAUCAAAUUCUUACACUUUGGGUCUGGUCCAGAAACCAAUAAAAGCUGAAAGUUUGAAAAAACCCAAAUAAUGACAGGUCAUGCUCCAAUAAAGGCAGCUGAUUGUUUA